UUACGUAGCCGGAAGUGGGGUUCACGCAUUUCGGGAGCAAAACAAACCGAGAUGAUGGAGGGGAUGGAGGAACUAAAACGUCUCGAAUAUCUUUCCCUCGUUUCUAAAGUAUGCACAGAAUUGGAAAAUCAUCUGGGAAUUAGUGAGAAAGAUCUUGCUGAGUUCGUUAUCAACCUAGCAGAAAAGCAACCAACAUUUGAUGGCUUUAAACGGAUUUUGGUCAAAAAUGGAGCUGACUUCUCUGACUCCCUCAUCGGCAAUUUGCUUAGAGUUAUUCAAACCAUGCAGCCAUCCGCUAACAUCAAAACCACUGAGCCUGCCAAGCCGAAGAGUAAGAAGGAUAAAAUGAGGGAAAUGUUCCCUGGAUUGUGCAAGCCUGACAAUCCUCCUCCCAGGAACCUACUACAGAUUGAAAAUGAUGAAAAAGUAGCAGCUGAAGCCAUGAAGGAGCUGGAGAUGUUUAUGCCCAGUGUCAGCAGAAGUGACUCAAAGGUGGAAGAGAAGCGCAAGCGGAGCAGAAGUCGAAGCCGAGGCAGAGACGGCAGAAGUCACCGUUCCUGGUCCCGCUCACGGUCUAGAUCUGGAGACCGGGAAAGGGAUCGGCGCCGCAAAAAGAAACGUGCGUCCCGCUGGAGCGACCGGACUCCCAGUCCGAGCAGAGACAGGGAGCGGGAGAGAGACCGAGAUGUGGACAGGCAUGUUGAAGACCGCUGGAAGGAUAAACAUGUCGACCGACCACCUCCGGAGGAGCCUUCUGUGGGGGACAUCUACAACGGCAAAAUCACCAGCACCAUGCAGUUUGGCUGCUUCGUCCAACUGGAAGGCCUGAGGAAACGCUGGGAAGGACUGGUCCACGUUUCAGAGCUGCGGAAAGAGGGACGCGUAGCUAAUGUGGCUGAUGUGGUCAGCCGAGGUCAAAAGGUCAAAAUUAAAGUGUUGUCUUUCACCGGCACCAAGACCAGCCUCAGUAUGAAGGACGUUGACCAGGAAACUGGGGAGGAUCUGAACCCCAACAGGAGGAGGAACAUGUUACCUGAAGGCGGGGAGGACACGGCCAUGAGGAACCCUGACCGCCCCUCCGAGAUCAACCUGGGCCACGUCCCUGAGGUGGAGGACGACACCGUGGAACGCAAGAGGCUCCACAAGAUCACAGACCACGAAAAGUGGGAGAUUAAACAGAUGAUUGCCGCUAACGUUCUCUCAAAAGAAGAGUUCCCCGAGUUUGAUGAGGAAACUGGCAUCCUGCCCAACAUCGAUGACGAAGAAGAAGAGGAACUGGAGGUUGAGCUGGUGGAGGAAGAGCCUCCGUUCCUGAGAGGACACACAAGACAGAGUAUAAACCUGAGCCCGGUCAAGAUCGUCAAGAAUCCGGACGGUUCGCUGUCCCAGGCUGCGAUGAUGCAGAGUGCUCUGGCGAAGGAGAGGAGGGAGGUGAAGCAGGCCCAGCGCAUGGCUGAGAUGGACUGCAUCCCCACAGGCCUCAACAAGCACUGGAUCGACCCUCUGCCUGAUGUUGAGGGGAGGCAAAUCGCAGCCAACAUGAGAGGCAUUGGCAUGAUGCCCGUCGACAUCCCAGAGUGGAAGAAACACGCCUUUGGGGGCAACCAGGCGUCGUACGGGAAGAAGACGGAGCUCUCCAUCCUGGAGCAGAGAGCCGGCCUGCCCAUCUACAAGCUCAAGGAGCAGUUGGUCCAGGCUGUUCACGACAACCAGAUCCUGAUUGUGGUUGGAGAGACAGGUUCUGGAAAGACCACCCAGAUCACUCAGUAUCUGGCUGAGGCCGGCUACACAACACGGGGGAAGAUCGGCUGCACUCAGCCCCGUCGUGUUGCGGCCAUGUCUGUGGCCAAGAGAGUCUCUGAAGAGUACGGUUGCUGUCUGGGCCAGGAGGUGGGGUACACCAUUCGGUUUGAGGACUGCACCAGCCCCGAGACUGUCAUCAAGUACAUGACCCACGGCAUGCUGCAGAGAGAGUGUCUCAUCGACCCGGACAUGAGUCAGUACGCUCUCAUCAUGCUGGACGAGGCCCACGAGAGGACCAUCCACACUGACGUGCUCUUCGGCCUGCUGAAGAAGACGGUGAUGAAGCGCAAAGACAUGAAGCUCAUCGUGUCCUCCGCCACCCUGGAUGCCGUCAAGUUCUCCCAGUACUUCUUUGAGGCACCCAUCUUCACCAUCCCUGGCAGAACCUACCCAGUGGAGGUUCUCUACUGCAAAGAGCCCGAGACGGACUACCUGGAUGCCGGCCUCAUCACGGUCAUGCAGAUCCACCUGACUGAGCCGCCUGGCGAUGUCCUGGUGUUCUUGACGGGUCAGGAAGAGAUCGACACGGCCUGUGAGAUCCUGUACGAUAGGAUGAAGUCGCUGGGGCCUGAAGUACCAGAGCUGAUCAUCCUACCUGUCUACUCAGCCCUGCCCAGUGAGAUGCAGACCCGGAUCUUUGACCCAACACCCGCUGGGAGCAGAAAGGUGAUCAUUGCUACAAACAUUGCUGAGACGUCUCUGACCAUUGACGGUAUCUACUACGUGGUGGACCCUGGCUUUGUGAAGCAGAACGUGUACAACUCCAAGUCUGGCAUUGAUCAACUGGUGGUGACCCCUAUCUCACAGGCCCAAGCCAAGCAGAGAUCAGGCAGAGCUGGCAGGACCGGCCCAGGGAAAUGCUACAGGCUGUACACUGAGAGAGCCUACAGAGACGAGAUGCUCACCUCCAACGUGCCUGAGAUCCAGAGAACAGACCUGGCCAGCACUGUGCUCUCCCUCAAGGCUAUGGGCAUCAACGACCUGCUGUCGUUUGACUUCAUGGACGCUCCUCCCAUGGAGACGAUGAUCACAGCCAUGGAGCAGCUGUACACCCUGGGAGCUCUGGACGAUGAGGGCUUACUCACACGCCUGGGGAGAAGGAUGGCUGAGUUUCCUCUGGAGCCCAUGCUGUGUAAGAUGCUGAUCAUGUCUGUCCACCUGGGCUGCAGUGAGGAGAUGCUCACCAUUGUCUCCAUGCUGUCUGUGCAGAACGUCUUCUACAGGCCCAAGGACAAGCAGACCAUGGCAGAUCAGAAGAAGGCCAAGUUCUUCCAGCCCGAGGGAGACCAUCUGACCCUGCUGGCGGUGUAUAACUCCUGGAAGAACAACAAGUUCUCCAACCCCUGGUGCUUUGAAAACUUUGUCCAAGCCCGCUCCCUGCGCCGUGCUCAGGACAUCCGCAAACAGAUGAUGGGCAUCAUGGACAGACACAAGCUGGACGUGGUGUCUUGUGGGAAGGCUACAGUGCGGGUCCAGAAGGCCAUCUGCAGCGGUUACUUCCGGAACUCUGCCAAGAAGGACCCCAAGGAGGGCUACCGUACCCUCAUCGACCAGCAGGUGGUGUACCUCCACCCAGCCAGCACCCUGUUCAACCGGCAGCCUGAGUGGCUGGUGUACCACGAGCUGGUGCUGACCACCAAGGAGUACAUGAGGGAGGUCACCACCAUCGACCCUCGCUGGCUGGUGGAGUUCUCACCAGCCUUCUUCAAGGUGGCCGACCCCACACGCCUCAGCAAGCAGAAGAAGCACGAGCGCCUGGAGCCCCUGUACAAUCGCUACGAGGAGCCCAACGCUUGGAGGAUCUCUCGGGCCUUCAGAAAGCGCUGAGGAACCCAACACACCAGUGGGACGUGUCAUUAAUGAGACUGGCUUUCAUGGAUUGUGCAUUUUCAUCUGACGGUCUUUUUGUGUACAUGGUUGUCACCUUGACGACAUGGAUGUCAGUUGUAGUGUGAUGUUUUUAUGCUCAGUGGAACUCAUUGAAUUGAACUGUUUGUUUUCUUAGUCAUACAUUUGUAUAAAUCGUAACCAAUUUAAAGGGGUGAGAGUCCAUUACAAUGCCUUCAAUCCUUUUGAAAGAUACGUCUAAUUAAAUGUACUCUGCUCAAAAAUGUUCAUUUAAAGUAAAACAGAUUAAAGUAAAAACUAUAAUA